GAGUGGACUUAAAGAUACACCGCGCAAAGACCUAAGCAGUAUUUCACCUGACAACUUUCACCAAUUGUGGAUUCAAUGUGAACAACGCAAACUACGAUCAUUGGUUAUUGGAGUGGUAUAUAGACUACCAGAUUGCCCCAUAUCUAUCACCGAUUAUGAAUUCUGUUUUAAUGCUAUAAAUAAGGACGUAGUACUCCUUGGAAACCUCAACUGUGACAUGCUCAAAAACGAUCGUCGAUCAUUCUACAGAUUUGGACGAAUUCUGUGUUAA